AUGACACUGUCACCAUUAUCGUUAUGGACCACCGUCUACACAACUUUAAUUUUGGAUUCUGUAACAGAAAACGUGACAUCACAAUUAACAAAUACUACAACAGAAAAUGUGACACCGCUAUUAAGGAACACUACAUACAGAGAAAACAAAAUAGAAGAAUACCAAAUUUCGAAUACUGACUUUGUAAAUUAUUCGAUAUUGUACUGGCCUAAUUAUUCAUGGUUUGCUGCUGGUUUAGGAACUGGGAUACUCAUAAUGUUAAUUAUAAAUUUCAAUUUAUAUUGCCAAGUCUGGUGUCCUAAUUUUCAUAUCUCAAGACGCAUUCGGACCUUCUUUAGGACCCUUUGGCACCCUUUCAUCGUUUGGUAUCGUCACGUUUGUCUCGGAAGAAACGAAUAUUUUGUUUCGACUCCCGAGCAAAAUAACAGAAUUAUCGAAAAACAACACAAGAUAGACUUACAAUCGCUUUCGCGCGUCUCACUAUCGCGACUCACAAAUCAGCCGCGAUCUUUACAAGAGUCACAAUUGUCGUUGUUUCAUCGCUCGCAAAGGUCACAGUUGCCACGUGGUUCACGAUUGCCACAACUCAGUAAUUUCACAAAUCAAUUACAAUCUUCAUCACAACAAUCACAAUGGAAUACUAAGUUACCUACAGUCUCACGGCAAUCUCAUAUGCAAUUACCAUCACCAUCCAGUUUCGAUUCAAAUCGAUUACUAGAUUCCACAGUUAGAGACAGCCCUGCAACCAUCAUAAAUUCCCAGAUUGCUGCAUUAAUACGUACAACUGCCGUAACAACCAUGAUUGCCAAAUCAACUACAGCGCCUAGACUAUUGACUUCUUUUUCUAAACAGUAA